UCCGGGAGUUGGUGGACAUGGGAAGCCCUCUCGCCGCUUUGGAAGACUGAGAGGCAGAGAGGCAGUCUGGACCCCAACCGUGGAAAGUGGUGGAUAUACAACAGAGCAGGAGAAAACAUCACGGUCCUUGUGGGUGAUACUCUUCUCUUAUGGCUUGAAGAUCCUGAACCUGGAGGGCUUUUCUUCAUGGAUUUCCCAAACGUGUCCUGGUAUGACAGCGGCUACGACAACCGAAGCCUCAACCAGUCCAGCCUAGAACAAAACUCUCACCACUACAACUACUACGCCAUGCUCCUCACCCUCCUCAUCUUCGUCAUCGUGUUCGGCAACGUGCUGGUGUGCAUGGCCGUUUCAAGGGAGAAGGCCCUUCAGACAACCACCAACUAUCUAAUUGUGAGCCUUGCUGUGGCGGAUCUCCUCGUGGCCACUCUGGUGAUGCCCUGGGUGGUCUACCUGGAGGUGGUCGGGGAGUGGCGAUUCAGUCGCAUCCACUGCGACAUCUUCGUCACUCUGGACGUCAUGAUGUGCACUGCCAGCAUCCUCAACCUUUGUGCCAUCAGCAUUGACAGAUACACAGCGGUGGCAUUGCCAAUGCUUUAUAACACACGCUACAGCUCCAGGCGCAGAGUAACGGUCAUGAUCGCUGUUGUUUGGGUCCUCUCGUUUGCCAUCUCCUGCCCCUUGCUCUUUGGGCUGAACAACACAGAGGAGAAGGAGUGUAUCAUUGCCAAUCCUGCCUUUGUUGUGUAUUCCUCUAUCGUCUCCUUCUACGUCCCCUUCAUUGUCACCUUGCUGGUGUACGUACAGAUAUACGUAGUAUUGCGGAAACGCAGGAAGCGGGUCAACACCAAACGCGCCGCCACCCCCGUGGGCCCGGACUCUGACACGCAGGCCCCACUGAAGGACAAAUGCACUCAUCCCGAAGAUGUCAGGCUUUGUACGCUCUUCCUGAAGGCCAACGGGAGCUUCCCACUUCAUAAGCGGAAAGUGGAGGUGGCGAAUCACAUGGAAGAGAUGGAGAUGGCCACCAGCACCAGCCCACCAGAGAAGAGCAGACACCUAAAGCCGUCAGUGCCAAGUAACAACGAGCAGAGCCUGGCAGCCCCUUCCCACCCAGGCGCCAGCUCAGCUCUGAGGUCUCCCCAGGACAGCCCUCUGCCAGUGGAGAAGAACGGGCACACCGUGGACAACUCCAAGACAGCCAAGAUAUUUGAGAUUCAGACUAUGCCCAAUGGCAAGACGAGGACCUCCCUCAAGACCAUGAGCAGGAGGAAGUUUUCGCAGCAAAAGGAGAAGAAAGCCACACAGAUGCUUGCCAUUGUGCUUGGUGUCUUUAUCAUCUGCUGGCUUCCGUUCUUCAUCACUCACAUUUUGAACAUGCACUGCGACUGUAACAUCCCGCAGGCCAUGUACAAUGCCUUUACGUGGCUCGGCUACGUCAACAGUGCCGUCAACCCCAUUAUCUACACCACCUUCAAUAUUGAGUUCCGAAAGGCCUUCAUGAAGAUCCUUCACUGCUAAGGAUCUUGAGAAACCAGGAGGAGGACUCAUCGUGUGGCCUUAU